AUGCAUGUCCAUCUUCGUGAUGGACCAAUGUGUAAACUAAUCACACCUACAGUAAGAUCGGGAGGAAUUGCAAUCUGUUACGUGAUGCCAAACCUUGUCCCGCCAGUUACUACAAAGCAGCAAGUUGUAGAGUAUCACGCCAAACUCCAGUCAUUAGCACCAAAGACGACUUUCCUUAUGACUCUUUAUCUUUCCAAGGACUUGACUCCUGAGCUUCUUGAAGAAUGCGCAGGCUUGAUCCAUGGUAUAAAGUGUUACCCGGCAGGAGUUACAACAAAUUCAAAAUAUGGAGUUGAUCCAAAUGAUUUUAGUGCGUUUUAUCCGCUCUUCGCUAAAAUGCAGGAAUUGGGGUUAGUGCUCAAUCUACACGGGGAAAAGCCAAGUACUAAAGAAGAGGGAGACGAUAUUAACGUUAUCAACGCAGAACCCAGGUUUUUGCCCGCAUUACGUAAGUUACAUGAUGAUUUCCCCAAAUUGAAAAUUGUAUUGGAACACUGCACCACACACGAGGCGAUUGACUUGGUGCGUGAGUUGAACCAGGAUGUGAAAGCAGGAGAUGAAAUAUAUGUUGCAGCAACGAUCACUGCGCAUCAUCUCUACUUGAUCAUUGACAAUUGGGCAGGAAAUCCAAUAAAUUUUUGUAAGCCGGUUGCUAAAUUUCAAAAGGAUAGAAAAUCGUUAAUUGCCGCAGCAACAAGUGGUGAACCAUGGUUCUUUUUCGGAUCAGAUUCUGCUCCUCACCCAAUACACACUAAGCAAGUACAUGUGGGUGUAUGUGCUGGUGUGUAUACACAAUCAGAUGCUGUUAGUUAUGUUGCUGAAAUUUUCGACAAGGAAGGGAAGUUACAAAAUUUACCAAAAUUCAUUGGCAGUAAUGGUAUCCUGUACUACGGGUUAGAUAAGACAAUCUUAGACAAGCAUGGUGAUGAAUCAGUUUGGUUGGUAGAGAGGAAGAAUAAAGUGUCUAUGGUUAUUGGAAAUAGCGAUGUGAAUGUAGUUCCAUUCAAAGCAGGUGAUGAAUUGAAAUACACCGUUGAAUGGAGACCAAAUUCUAAAACAUAA